AUGGCCAAGUCACGCCCCGCCGAUGUACUCUUUCUCAGCUCCCCUCGCACACUGUCCAAUCUGCUCGUCAAGCUCCUCUCCGGCCAGACUGGCUGGGAGCAGUCUACCUACUGCCUACACGAUGCUUUUGAAUAUGCGCAGAGCCAUCUCAGCGAAUGUAACGUCGAGUCUCCCGCAGAGAGCUUCGGCAAGUAUUUGGAGAUGCUGCGGGCUGGGUAUCAGGAUAUGACGACGGCACGUGAAGGUGCUCAUGAAAAGGGCCAUGCCUUUUUCUUGAAGAGCCAUGUUAUGGAAAUGACCAACCCUUCACGCCUCUUUGCCGGCUUCAGGAGCGAUGUGUGCCCUUUCAAAUUCACCACGGAGCUAGAAGACUCGCUUCGCCCUCUCCCCGGACCAACCCGACCUUGCUAUCUGACGAGAUGCUUCUACUUCCCCUCCGCGCCGGAUCUGUGGCGGAGCAAUGCCCCCUCGUCAACGAGUUUGCACUUCACCAGAGCGCUUUUUGAGUGGUAUGAGGCGGCUACAUUAUUGUCACCAUCAACUGCCGGUGCCGAGGUGGGCAACUUGUCGAUCAGCAAGACGCAUCCCGUCGUCGUCGACGCUGAUGACAUAUUGGAGGGCGACACGGUGCAGAGGCUGGCAGAGAUGAUCGACAUGGACCCGGAGCAGAUCCUGCAGAAGUGGGACGCACAAUCGACGGAGGGUUUGGAAGGUCUGUGGGAGUCGACGGGCAUUGAUAUGUCCAAGAGCUCGAGGGGGUUAGAUCUUGAGACCAAGUUUGGGAGCUGGAACGAGCUACACGGCGUGGAGGUUGGCGAGGCGUUGGCAUUCUUGACCAAACGCCAAAUGGGGGAUUACAUGUGGCUCAAGAGCUGCAAAAUUUAG